GGAAACUGUGGCCGCAAGCGAACAACUACUCUGGCCGACGUGAAAGCUUCCGUCAAGGCCGCCGAUCCGUACCAUCGCUCGACAUUCCGUGCUGGCCGAGUCCACAUGUACAUCGUCGACAACGCUGUGGAGGCUCGUCAAGGCCAAGAAGAUUUAACGACGCGCACGCCACGUGAAGCCCAUGCUGACGGACAAGCACAAGGCCGAGACUUGAACUAA